GUUACCCUACAUCGGAAAGCUACUCUUCUCCAUCCUACUCUUGACCACUCUCUUCUCUUCUGUUCCGUUCUGUAUAUAAAAAAGCCUCUCAAAACCUCUUUUCAUAUUCAGUUUCAGUUUCUUGAAAGAAAAAAAGACACAUAAAGUCUCUCCGAUCAACACAUAUGGAUUCUUCUUCGCUAGCGAUUUCUCCUAGGAAGCUCCGAUCAGACCUCUACUCAUACUCUUACCAAGAUGACUCCAACACACCUCUCGUCAUCUCUGUUCUCUCUUCUCUGAUCGAGCGGACUUUAGCUCGGAACGAGAGAAUCAGCCGGAGCUACGGUGGUUUUGGUAAGACACGUGUCUUCGAUUGCCGGGAGAUUCCUGAUAUGACUAUUCAAUCCUACCUUGAGAGGAUUUUCCGCUAUACCAAAGCCGGUCCAUCGGUUUACGUCGUGGCUUAUGUUUACAUUGACCGGUUCUGUCAGAAUAACCAAGGUUUCAGACUCAGUCUUACCAAUGUACAUCGUCUCCUCAUCACAACUAUCAUGAUCGCUUCCAAAUACGUCGAAGACAUGAAUUACAGAAACUCAUACUUCGCGAAAGUAGGAGGGUUAGAGACAGAAGAUUUGAACAAUUUGGAAAUAGAGUUCUUGUUCUUGAUGGGAUUUAAGUUGCAUGUGAAUGUGAGUGUGUUCGAGAGUUACUGUUGUCAUCUUGAGAGAGAAGUUAGUAUCGGAGGAGGUUACCAGAUUGAAAAGGCAUUACGUUGCGCUGAGGAAAUCAAAUCUAGACAAAUCGUUCAAGAUCCUAAACACCAUCAGUUUUCUCGAAUCUUGUUGUAGUCAUGAAGAACAAGAACUACUCUGCUUCUUAAUUUUUUAUUUUAUUAUUUGUCUUUUUGCUUUUGAGGAGGAGGGCCUUUUGACUUUCUGAUUGCCUUGUCGGUUGGGUUUUCUUGUAAUGUAAAAUGUAAAUAGAGAGAGAAAAAUAUAUAGGAGAUUGCUGUUGUAUGUAUCAGCCAUGUAGAUUCUUAUGUAUCUGUUGAAUUUUAAGAAAAAUGGUUUUUAUUUGCAAAAAAAAAAGAAAUCUUUGUUAA